AUGUGCGAAGAAGUCCAGGAGCCCUCGCGACAAGUCCCCAAAGCAAUCAUCGGAACCGUCAUCUUCAACACCAUUGCCGGCCUGGUCUUCCUAAUCCCUAUAGUCUUCGUGUUGCACGACACCGAAGCGCUUGCCUCCCUCGCGUCAGGUCAACCUGUACCCGCUAUUAUCAGAUCUGCCAUCGGUAACGAGGUCGGAACAUUCCUCUUGCUGCUCAACCUCGCUGUCCUGGCCCUUCUCUGUGGAAUCGGAUGCACGACCGCGGUCUCACGAGCGAUCUGGGCCUUCGCAAGAGAUGGAGGCAUUCCAUACUCGACGCAAUGGCGAAAGGUGAACAAGGCUCUAGAUGUUCCUCUUAAUGCAAUGAUGCUAGGAAUGGUCGUCGAGAUCCUACUGGGACUUAUUUACUUCGGGUCAAGCACCGCGUUCAACGCCUUUUCGGGUGUUGGUGUGAUCACUCUCACUGUCAGCUAUGCCUGCCCGAUCGCUGUCUCCGUGAUUGGACGCCGGCAGCAGGUGGAAAACGGGGACUUCAAUCUAGGAAAGCUCGGCGUUUUCUGCAAUAUUGUGGCUUUGGUACCUUUGUUCUGUAUGCCAUCAGCUGUUCCAGCAACCGCAGAAACCGUCAACUAUGCCCCUGUUGUCUUCGUCGCGUUCAUCAUGAUCGCCACCGCCUGGUACUUCAUUUGGGGCCGGGAAAAGUACAUUGGGCCACCCACCGCGGAUGUGGUGGGCAUUGAGCCCCAUGACUAG